CUCUCCCCUUCCUUCCCUUUCUCCAUCAGUUUUUUUCAACCUCAUUUCUCCCUUCCACAGUUCUCACUCUCACUCCCAACCCCGUCUUUUUCCCCCGGCCAAAGACCUAAAAAAAAAGCCACUCUAUAUGAACUCUAUCCAAUUGCUUCUUCACCAUAUAUGCAUAUUUAUAGCCGUUAGCUUUACUAAUAAUAACUUCUGUGAGUAGAUAUUAUAUUAUUAUGCUUAUAUGUAUAAGAUAAAAUAAGCACUGCAUGAUGAUAAUCUGUUGAUGAAGAAAUGAUUCGAAGCUAGCUUGUUGGAAAGGAGAAAAUAAAAAGUGGGUUGUUCAUAAAAGACUCUGUCAGAUGGUUGAUUGGUUGAGGUUUUUUUAAAGCAUACAAGUAGACCCAUGAUAAGAUUUUUAUAGUUGGUGUUUUGUGUUGUUGGUGGAUAUUGUUUCUGGGGUCAUAAAAAUUUGUUCUUUGGGAAGGUAAUCAAAUUGAAGAUUAUAUACACAGACAUAUAUUGAUUGAUGGGUAAAAAGAAAGUGGUGAAGAAAACAAAGGAAUUAUCAGUAGCCAUGGCAGAAUCAUCAUCCCUUGAUGCAGAAGGCCAGCCACAGCAACAGCUGCAACAACAACAACAGCCUUUGACUCCUAGGAAAAGAGGUAGACCCAGGAAAAUAGUAGUGGAGAAAACUGAAACAUCAUCAGCACAAGAAGAAAGCCAUGAUGAUGGUGGGACUGAAGGAAGCCUAUCACAGAAAGUGAAAAUAAGCACUGAAGAACAAGAAGAAGAAGAAGAAGAACAAAAAGGGCAGUCUUCCAAAGCAGAGGAGCAAGAAGAAGCUACAACAACAAAAUCAUCAACUUCAAUGAGUCAAGUUGCAACUAGGAGCAGAGCUAGGAGAAAAAGUAAACCAAGGAAGAGCAGCUAAGAUAAAAUCAAAAUUAUUUGGGUUCACUUCCUUAGCUCCUUAGCUCUUUAAUUUUCCAAUUUUUUAUUUUUAAAUCUUCCGUAAUUUCUUUAAUUGGGGUGAAAUGGGAGUCAAGAAAGGUGAUUGAUUUGAAGAAUUAAAUUAGUUCUUGUUUGUGUGAAUGAAGCUGAUUUUGCACCCAACCAAAAGGUGGGGUUGUUUUUUUGAAGGGAAUUGUUUUAAUGGUUUUAGUUUGUUCCCACUUUCAGUUCUUUAUGUUUUUGGUUCACAUUCAUCAUCAAUUUGGUUGCUUUCAUUGGUCAUGCUAGCUAGCUUUAGCUUGUCUUCUGGUUUUGGUUUUCCAUUGUCACUUUUGCUGUUAAUAAUCCCAUUAAGCAACAAAGUCCAAUCAAAUUGCUGCUAUCUUUGCUCAUUUUCUUCUCCACAGCUCGUCUACAAAAAAAAACACCAAAAAAGGGUUAGAAAAGAUGGUGAAAAACAGUACUAGAUAAGGGUGAAAAGUUCAUACGUGAGCCUGUGUAGUUUCUGUGGACAAAUUUGAUCAAUAAAUGCUACCUUUUGGUUCUUGGAAACACUUCAUGCAUUACGCCUAUCUGUCUGGGUAUUUCACUAUUCACAUACUUCCCAAAAAUCCAGCUAUGUUUUAUAUGGCUGGGAGAUGUGUGGGGGUGUGUGUGUGUGUGUGUGUGUGUGUGAGGCAUUUGGUGUUAUUCUGAUGAGAAACUCGUUUACCAUAUGGAUGAUGGUAUAAUACGUACGUAAGUCCUCUGUGUUCAUCAUCUUCCUUAAAUUUCAUUUGUUCAUUUUGCUGUUUCUGAUGAUGUGCCAAUUAAAGUAAUCUUGGCUUUGGUGUUGUAUUAAUUGGACGUGACAACUCUUGAGAAAUUUUUGCAUGUUGAUUAGCUAAAAAGAUGCAGAAAAUUUUGAAUGAAAAAAAAAAGAAAGAAGAUGCAGAAAAGUAUAAUAGAAAAAAGUCAGACAAGCAGCAGCCAGCAGGUUGUCAUGCAUGGAAUUUUUUUCUUUCCCUCCUUUUUAAGUAUUCAUACAUGUGUUUACCAUUAUUCUGUAUAAUAAGAUUCUGUUUCAUUUUCCAGCUCUCGUGGGUUAAAGAAAAUAACUUCUAGUACUCCCCUUUCCCAAAAUUAUUGUUUUGAGAUUUCACUUGUAGUACAAUUUGUACUAGAAAUGAGAACUCAAACCGGACAAUAAUUAUAGAACGGAGGGAGUAUUAUUUUAAUUUCCCAACUUAUCAUGUUACAUGGGUCUUUUGGGCGGGGCAAAAUGAAUUUCGCCUGACUAUUUGUUUAACCAGUUUGUUUAUUCAGAAGUGAAAGGCGUCACCAAGUAAGAACCGAAGCCUGACUUCAAGGGUUUAGAGAAUGGGCAACGCUUAAAACAAUGCCUCCAUCAAUUUUGUUCAGCUCAUUAAGUGAAUAGUACUCCAUCUGUCCCAAAAUUAUUAUUCAGUUUGAAAUUUCAUUUUUAGUAUAAUUUGAACUGUAAAUGAAAAUUCAAACUGGACAAUAAUUAUAUGACGGAAGGAGUAGUUUUUUUUUGACAUUGGUUAUAGAAUUCGAUAUGUAUUUGACAGCCAGAAAAUGGAAGGAAGAGAAUAAAGUUGUGUUAGUAAUGGAAGUGAGCCUUGUUUUUGUUUGUGAAGUAUA